CGAAUGUUAAUUAACGCUGCGGCUACGUUCAUUGCAUUUGCGGACUGAUUAAAGCAGCCCCAAAACAAGUCUAAAAUAUCUAUGCAAAUGCCAAAUGGCAAAUGGGCGCCACAGCUGCAGUGUCUGGCUCCAUUAAAAGUGCAGCCGUUGACCGAGAUCUUCCAUGCUGCGGCAUAAUAUAUUUGAGUACUUUAUGGUGAUGUCUGCUAAGCUUUUGCCCAGCUCGUAACUUCCGGUAAUUUUGCGCCGUAAAAUGUUUGCCACCAAUAUCCGCUUGGCUGUCGUCAGCGUAAUGCCCCCGGCCAGAAGGCAUUGAGGCCACGUUUGCAUUCUUGGCGUGUCCUUUGGAGCGCCUAUUUCCGCUGCAUUUUGCAAUUUGCAAUUUGAAUUGGCACGUGAAAAGCGCUUUGCCCCACGCGCAUAUGCGCUGGCUAAUUACUAUGCAACAACAAGAACUGCAAGAAUAUAAGUAGAGCACAGUAAAAUCUAAAUAGCCAACAUGGAGGAGGAUGUUUAUGCCACCCUCAACUAUAGCGACAGCGACAGCACAGCUGAAGAUGGCGGCGAGGAGGAGGAUGGUUGGAACAGCCUGGAGAUGAGCGUCGAGCAGCUGCAGCAUUUGCUGCUCUGGCAGCUGCCCGAUUCGGCCAACUAUACCGACCAACAGGCGUUGGCCAAUUGGAAUUUAAGCAAUGCAACCGCAAUGCCAACGCCAAGCCCCGCACAGCCCGCGUUCGAUGCGAACAACUAUUGGGCCUUGCUCGCCUUGGUGCUGGUCUUUGGCACCGCGGCGGGCAAUAUUCUGGUCUGUCUGGCCAUCGCCUGGGAGCGUCGUCUGCAGAAUGUGACCAACUACUUUCUCAUGUCGCUGGCCAUCACGGAUCUAAUGGUUGCCGUUCUCGUCAUGCCACUGGGCAUCCUUACCCUGGUUAAAGGCCACUUUCCGCUUAGCUCGGAGCACUGCCUGACCUGGAUAUGCCUGGAUGUUCUGUUCUGCACGGCCAGCAUUAUGCACCUGUGCACCAUAUCCGUGGAUCGCUAUCUGUCGCUGCGCUAUCCGAUGCGCUUUGGCCGCAACAAGACCAGGCGCCGCGUCACCCUCAAGAUUGUCUUUGUCUGGCUGCUGAGCAUUGCCAUGAGCCUGCCGCUCAGCCUUAUGUACUCCAAGGAUCACGCCUCGGUGCUGGUGAAUGGCACCUGCCAGAUACCCGAUCCGGUAUACAAGCUGGUCGGCUCCAUUGUCUGCUUUUACAUACCGCUGGGUGUGAUGCUGCUCACCUAUUGUCUGACUGUGCGCCUCUUGGCCAGACAGCGCCAGAAUUUGGGCGGUGGCCAGCCGACGUCAGCGGCCACGCCCGGCUGGGCAAGCGGCUGGCUGGGCCAGGCGCCCGCUUUGGAACGUCGCUGCACUUGGCGGCGACUAUUGAAACCGGGGCAGAGCAACGCCUCCUCCUCGGCGCUGCACGCGCACUCGGCAAACUCAACGGACACGGAUCUCAGCACGCUCGACAAUCAUGAGCUCUGGCUGCCCGACUCCAGCAUACCGGAGCCAACGCCCACCACGAUGACGGCGCUGCAUCAGUUUGGGGCCGAGAUGUUGAAGCUGUCCCGUGGCCUGGAGUCCGUGGCAUCGUCCUCAACAACGGGCUCACCCACAAAAUCCGAAUUCUCAAUCUCAAAUCAUCUGCCCUUCUCCGGCAGCCCCCAGCGCUAUGCCACCCAACAGCAGCAGCAUCAGCAGCAGUUGCAGUUGCAGCAUUCACAUGGAGGCAGCUACCUGCAGCCGGCAUCGCCGAAGAGCAGGCAGGGCAACACCAUGUUGGCGCUGUCCAGCACAACGCUCGGUCUGGAGCGCGAGAGCACGCGCAACUCUUUGGCCAGCAGCCGCAUGGGCGAGCAGAGCGACGGAACGCUCUCCCAGCUGUCGCAAAGGCUGCGCGCCUACAAGAAGCGCAGACGCGCCUCUUCCGCUGCUUCUGGGCGUGAACGCCGCGCUGGCAGCGAGGAUGCCGAGGAUGAGGAUCAGGAUACGCUGCGACGACGCAAACGUUACAAUAGCUUGCCCAAAAAUGCGCUUUACCCGCACCACAAGACGCUGCACGAGAGCCUGGACGGCGAUAACAAUCAGGUGGAGGCCGACGACGACGACGAUGACGAGGAGGAGGAGGACGAGGAGAAACCCUCGAAAUCAUCGUCCAUUAGCAAGGGCUGCCACUCGGACACGGAGCUAGAACCGCAGCCGCAGCCGGGCAAGCUGUGCCAUGUGGCAAGCAGUUCCAGUCAUGCAACGGAUUACCCCCAGCUGCCCCCGGUGUGCACCUGCCCCUACUUUGGCGAUCGUCCGCUGCCGAGCUGCGUGAAGACGGCCGAGGUGAAGAUCAUAUCCUCGGCCUUCAAGGUGACCACCACAGCGACGACCACGGCAGUGAGUAGCUCGCCCAGCGAAAUGGAGCUACUCCUCUGCAGCGCCAGCAACAACAACAAGAGCGCCCUCACCAGCAGCGUCAGUGCGGGCGCAGGCGGUGCGGGGUCAACAGCUGCAGUUGCAGCAGGAAGUGCAUCGGGCAACACGUUGUCGCCGCGCUCGGCGCAUCAGCCGCAGGGCAGCUCCCAGAGCGAUGGCAGCGGCUACCUGGCCGCACCGGGCACACCCUGUCCCGGACGACGCAAGCUGAGCAUCUCGAAGACCGCCUCGGUUGUCACCUGGGAUGCGAGUCGGCAUCGCCGGCGCGGCAGCAGCUUUGGCGGCGUGCGCACCUCGUUGCUGCUGACGCCCACCAAGACGAUGGCCAGUACGACGACGACGACGACAAUGACGCCGCUGCGCCGCUCGGCGACGCUGCGCAGCCACCAGAACAUGAACUAUCAGGGCGGCGGCGGGGAGGGCGGCAAGUCGCGAACGCCCCAAUCGUCGCCCUGCCUGCUGCAGCGACAGCAAACGGUGCGUUCGCAUCAUUCGCGCAACUCCAGCGUCAUCUCGAGGAACUCGUCGCGACACGGACGCAUAAUACGGCUGGAGCAGAAGGCCACCAAGGUGCUGGGCGUGGUCUUCUUCACCUUUGUCAUACUCUGGUCGCCGUUCUUUGUGCUCAAUCUGUUGCCGACGGUGUGCGCAGAGUGCGAGGAGCGCAUCAGCCAUUGGGUAUUCGACGUGGUCACCUGGCUGGGCUAUGCCAGCUCCAUGGUGAAUCCCAUAUUCUAUACCAUAUUCAAUAAGGUAUUCAGGCAGGCCUUCAAGAAGGUGCUGCUCUGCCGCUAUUCCAGCAACAGCGCCUGGCGGCCCAGCAGAUAGCAGACGCCCGUCAAGCCCGGCAAGCUCAAGACGAAUGCCAAUCCUCUCAAGCCGCCGCCCAUCAAGUGCGCCAGCGUGGACUUUGCCGAGGCCAGGACACUCACACAGCGGCCCGUGUCUGCUCUACACAGGACGCAUUCCAACAGCGGCUCAACGGCGAACCUUUAAAGGCGCCAGCUCAAAAUUAAACCAAUCUGGCCCAGGUGUCCGUGUGGGUGUGGCUUGGGUCUCUAAUUAAUUUGGAAUUCAAUUUGCAUUGGCAUUGAGCACAUUUGCCAGGCAAACCGACACCAGACAACUGUUUGUCAAACGCCCGCCCACCCACUCGGACGCGUGCACAGCCCGGCCAGCUUGGCUUAUGCGCCACAGGCCACAGAACCUAACAUAUCGCUCUCUAAUUGUGGUUCUCAAGGUGUAUUAGGUUCGUCUGGGUAUAACCCAAGCCAUGGCUCAAGCAGCACCUACGCGCCCGCGCCCGCGCCUGCACCCGUUCCCUGGAAUUCCAUAAUGGGAUUCAAACAGAAUUUUUGAAGAGCAAAAAAAAUUCUUUGAAUUCUGCCGAGGUCUGGGAAAUUACCGGGCUGCUUAUAAGGACGUGCAUUUCAAUGGAACUAAGAUAUAGAAACAUUUUCCGACCUUGGCAAUGGAAUAUUCAAAAUCGGUGAGACUGGUGCUUAUGGCUGAACGUAUGCAUAAAACUAAACAUUUCCCAGUCAAUGAAACUUGGCAAAUACCUGUAAAAAUACCUGUGAAAAUUUAGUUGAUGUUUACGCCAGUUGCCGUUGUUGUUGCCAUCAAUUCGAUUAAACAAAUUGCAAUCAAUGAAAGCUGAGCUUUCGUUUAUUUGUUUAUUUGGCUAUUUUCGCAAUUAUGCGUUUAAUUUAUGCCAAUUUUCGGGCCGCAAAUGCGAGAAACAUGCCAAAUUCAACACGUACGCAAAGUCUAUGAAAAUGUUUGCCCUUGUUGUUGUUGUGGCUGUUGUUGUUGCUGCUAUUGAACAGAUUGCUAUUUUUAUUUGAAAAGUUGAUUCAUUUGGUUUUAUUUCUGUGGCAAAAUGAAAAAUUUUUUCAGCUGGUCACGUAAAAGGCGCCCGGCGCGCCUCAGGGGGCGGCGCUUGGGGGCAGAAACAGCUGCUUGCAACACCAACACCGAAAGCAACAACAAUAAGCAGAGCCAUAAUGAAAGCUAUUUGGCUCAAAAAGUUUCACUGAGGGCCAAGUUUAAAGCGUAAUUUUGUGAUGUGGCUACAAAGUAAGCGACAAAUACGCACAGGGCCAGGUUUGCAGCAGCAGGAGCAGGAGCAGGAGCAGGUAAUGGUGCCAUUAGUAGCACCUACUCCUAAGAGCCUGAAACAUUUUUAGUGCUUUUUUCUCUGAGUGGGCG